CGGAACGUCAGGAGAGAUGGACAAGCCACUCAUCAGCCGCCACCUGGUGGACAGCGAUGGCAGCCUUGCUGAGGCCCCCAGUGAGGUCCCCAAAGUAGGCAUCCUGGGCAGCGGGGACUUUGCCCGCUCCCUGGCCACACGCCUGGUGGGCUCCGGCUUCAGCGUGGUGGUGGGGAGCCGCAACCCCAAACGCACGGCUGGGCUGUUCCCCUCGGCAGCACGAGUGACUUUCCAGGAGGAGGCAGUGGGGUCCCCAGAGGUCAUCUUCGUGGCUAUGUUCCGGGAACACUACUCCACACUAUGUGGUCUCAGUGACCAGCUGGCCGGCAAGAUCCUGGUGGACGUGAGCAACCCCCCGGAAGAGGAGCACCUUCGGCACCAGGGGUCCAAUGCUGAGUACCUGGCCUCCCUCUUCCCCAACUGCACAGUGGUCAAGGCCUUCAAUGUCAUCUCCGCCUGGACCCUGCAGGCUGGCCCAAGGGAUGGAAACAGGCAGGUGCCCAUCUGCAGUGACCAGCCAGAAGCCAAACGCACCAUCUUGGAGCUGGCGCAGGCCAUGGGCUUCACCCCCGUGGACGUGGGGUCCCUGGCCUCGGCCCGGGAGGUGGAGGCCAUGCCCCUGCGCCUCCUCCCAGGCUGGAAGGUGCCUGCUCUCCUGGCCCUGGGGCUCUUCGUCUUCUUCUACACCUACAACUUCAUCCGGGAUGUGCUGCAGCCCUACCUGCAGGAGGGCAAGAACAAGUUCUACCAGCUGCCUGUGUCCGUGGUCAACACAACGCUGCCCUGCGUGGCCUAUGUGCUGCUGUCGCUGGUGUACCUGCCCGGCGUGGUGGCGGCGGCCCUGCAGCUGCGCCGCGGCACCAAGUACCGCCGCUUCCCCGACUGGCUGGACCACUGGCUGCAGCACCGCAAGCAGAUCGGCCUGCUCAGCUUCUUCUGCGCCGCCCUGCACGCGCUCUACAGCUUCUGCCUGCCGCUGCGCCGUUCCCACCGCUACGAGCUGGUCAACCAGGCCGUCAAGCAGGUCUUGACCAAUAAAAGUCACCUCUGGAUCGAGGAGGAAGUCUGGCGGAUGGAGAUCUACCUGUCCCUGGGGGUGCUGGCCCUUGGCACACUGUCCCUCCUGGCUGUCACCUCACUGCCAUCCAUCGCAAACGCACUCAACUGGAGGGAGUUCAGCUUUGUUCAGGUAAAGUCGUUCUGCCUCUGCUGGCGGGCCUCGGCGUGGCCCUGGCCCUGCCUCUCCCGUGCAAGCACCUUCCCACCCACGCGCUGCCUGGGCUUUCCUAAUCUGGGCAACAGAACCGCUCAGUCAGAUGCCCGGGCCUCCCCAAGCCUGGCAGGCUCAUCCAAGUCUCCUGAUAAAGGGGCUGCCUGGGACGAGCUCAUCCUCGUGACACCGGGGGAGGCCAGAUUUAGGCAUGUGUAA